AUGCUCAGUGGCGCCCGCCGGCCCGGGGCUCGGCGCUCGCCCCCGGAGCUGCCGCCCCUGCCCCGCCGCGUCCCUCCCUCCCCCGGCGCGGUCUCGCCCGCCUCCCGCCUCCCCUCGGGCUCCCAGGCGCCGGGCUCCCGGCGCGGCAGCGGCGGCGGCGGCGGCGGCGGCGGCGGAGGGGGCGGGCGGGCCGGCGGGCGCCGGCCGGCCGGCGGCGGCGGCAGCGGCGGCGUCUCUCGCCUCGUCCUCGUCCUCUCUUCUAACCGUGCAGCCUCUCGCUCGGCUUCUCGUGCAAGGGACGGUGGAAGCCGCGGGCCCGGGCGGGAGCCGGCUGAGGCGCGGCGGCGGCGGCGGCGGCGGCGGCGGCGGCGGCGGCACCUCCCGCUCCUGGAGCGGGGGGGAGAAGCGGCGGCGGCGGCGGCGGCCGCGGCGGCUGCAGCUCCGGGGAGGGGGCCGGAGUCGCCUGUCACCAUUUCCAGGGCUGGGGCCGCCGGAGAGUUGGUCUCUCCCCUCCUACUGCCUCCAACACGGCGGCGGCGGCGGCGGCACGUCCAGGGACCCGGGCCGGCUGUAAACCUCCCCUCCGCCGCCGCCGCACCCCCCCCGGCCCGGGCUCCGGAGGCCGCCGGCGCAGGCAGCGGCCGUGCCGAGGAUUCUCCGUCUCCUUCCCGUCCCGCGGCCGCCGCGGCCAGGCCUCUGGCUGCUGAGGAGAAGCAGGCCCAGUCGCUGCAACCAUCCAGCAGCCGCCGCAGCAGCCAUUACCCGGCUGCGGUCCAGAGCCAGGCGGCGGCAGAGCGAGGGGCAUCCGCUACCGCCAAGUCCAGAGCCAUUUCCAUCCUGCAGAAGAAGCCCCGCCACCAGCCGCUUCUGCCAUCUCUCUCCUCCUUUUUCUUCAGCCACAGGCUCCCAGACAUGACAGCCAUCAUCAAAGAGAUCGUUAGCAGAAACAAAAGGAGAUAUCAAGAGGAUGGAUUCGACUUAGACUUGACCUAUAUUUAUCCCAACAUUAUUGCUAUGGGGUUUCCUGCAGAAAGACUUGAAGGCGUAUACAGGAACAAUAUUGAUGAUGUAGUAAGGUUUUUGGAUUCAAAGCAUAAAAACCAUUACAAGAUAUACAAUCUGUGUGCUGAAAGACAUUAUGAUACCGCCAAAUUUAACUGCAGAGUUGCACAGUAUCCUUUUGAAGACCAUAAUCCACCACAGCUAGAACUUAUCAAACCCUUUUGUGAAGAUCUUGACCAAUGGCUAAGUGAAGAUGACAAUCAUGUUGCAGCAAUUCACUGUAAAGCUGGAAAGGGACGAACUGGUGUAAUGAUUUGUGCAUAUUUAUUACAUCGGGGCAAAUUUUUAAAGGCACAAGAGGCCCUAGAUUUCUAUGGGGAAGUAAGGACCAGAGACAAAAAGGCUGUGAUUCGAGGCUUGGCACUCCUGGAGCAGAAUACCUCCACAACAAUAGAUAAGAUUUCUCUCAGGAUGGAAGACAGAGCCGUGCACCCCGGUGCACAGUGAUGAACAAAGCAGUGAGUCACAGUGACGUGCAGAGCUUUGUCUUAACCAAAGCAACAAAACCAGAUGUUUUGCCAGGCAUUAAGGUGUACUAUCUGUCUACAAAAUAUUGAGAUUUCUUCAGGAGAAGGUUUUUUGGGGGCAUUUUGAAAAUGUUAAUGUUCCCUGAAGUUUCCAAAGAGGACUCCAAAAUAAGUAUUAUUCUUUGAUUGUGUUACCAUGCGCGUAUUUGAUGAAAACUAGUAGCAGGCUAAACUGAGAAGUCGUCAUCAUAUACUGAAGGGAAGUGGUAUUUCCAGUCCUCUCGUGACCUUCAUAGUUUCAGAAAAAGAGGUCGGUUUUUCUGGAAUGGACAGAAUUAUUUGCUAGAGAUACUGCAACAGUCUUAACUUUUCUGUUGCAAGCUACAAACACAUUUGACCUUUCUAAAGUAUUUGCCUUCACCACAUUAAACUGCAACUUUUUUGUUUGUUUGGCAUUACAACCAACAGAUCGUAGAGUGCUUUACUCAGGAUUUUGAGUUGGGGUUAAUUACAGGUUUUCGUAGUACUCUGACCUUUCCUGACUAAGCUGUACUCUCACACAUGCUCUCUUUCCCUCUCUUAUACACACUCACCCACACACAUAUCCACCCUGUGUGAUGUAGGUGCUUCUUCAGGAGAGUUGGCUAAAUGCUUCUGAUAGUGAGUACCAGCCAUGUAAGAAGCACUUGGGAUAGCAAGGGAAGCAAGGGCAAAAAUGAACUAUUGGGAUUUCAUCAAGAUAAAAAGCUUUUGCACAGCAAAGGAAAC